GCUUCCAUCAUCCGGUUCCGUCCUGCAGCGGCUCCUCACGUUGUUCCGGUUCCACACUUGUUUCCUCAUGCAUAAUUGCUAACGUUUUAUAGACACCAUUCGACGUCUCUGUAGGUUUAUCAGAAAUAAUAUUUUUGACUGUUUAUUGGCUGAUUUGAACGCUGCUCAUACGGGUCUUCCGUACACGAACGGGGAGCCAGCAGGAGCUAUGGCCGGGAUCGAGGAGCUGUCGCCCGCUGCGGGCCCGGAGUCCAGCCGGCCUCCCGAGGACGAGAUUGACGACGAUGAAGACGAAGACCUGGAUGAGACACUGAUGGAGAGGCUGUGGGGCCUGACGGAGAUGUUUCCUGACAGAGUACGUAACACUGCCGAGGUAUCUGCACAAUACUCUGUCUCCCUGGUCAAGAAACUUUACAGUUUUUCCCGCUCGGCUCUUUGGGUGGGCACAACCUCCUUCAUGAUCCUGGUGCUACCUGUGGUGUUUGAGACAGAAAGGUUACAGCUGGAGCAGCAGCAGCUACAACAGCAGAGACAAGUUCUCUUGGGGCCAAACACUGGGAUGUCUGGAGGGAUGCUGGGCAUGAUGCCUCCAGCACCUGGAAAGAUGUGAGAAGAGAACUGAAGACAGCGAGCCUGAGAGCUGCCGCCAGCGACAGACAGAUCGUUUGGGGGGGAAAAAAGAGGCAUAUUGUGGAGAAGCGUGAAGGAAAGCUGGGUGUCCGUGGCAUGACAUUUGGCUCCAUCCAUCCAUGAUGUUGGAGAAUAACAUUUAUUGUACCGUCUCUCUUUAUCUCCACCGGCUUACAGAAACUGGUCUCUAGGAGCACUGUAUUUUUUUUUUCUCCUUUAUUUUUCUUUCCUACAUUUGAGGGGAAUCAAAACAUGCAAAGGUUCCCAUUUGUAUAACUUGACGUUUUGGUAUCUGCAGCACAUUGAUAGAUUUGAUAUUUCUGUUGGGACGUUCUGCCUUUGAAUGUACUGAGACUAUCGUGAUUUUUAGUUAUAUAUGAAUCUUGCACAUUUUAAGAAGUGGAACGUAACGUAGACGACAUUAGCUCAUAAGAUUCUUCUGAGUUCUGAUUGGUUAAUUUGGUGACCUAACACUGUUUUCCACGUGGUGCAAUUUUGUCAUAUUUAACCAUAAUGACAAUAAGAUGUAUCACCAUCUUAUUUCAGUUGCCUCACAAUUGCUUCCUGAUUUAAAUUGUUGUAGAAAGCAGCAGUUUAAGACAUGUAUAAUGAUUUAAAAAAUGGUCACAUGUACAAAAUAAGGCAAAGUGAAAGCAUGAAGGGGGAAAACGUAUCAGAUGUUUUUGGGACAACUCUGCAUAUUUUCACGAUUAUGCAUCAUGUGUCGCUGUUUUGUUGUUGUGAAGAGAACCUCCAGUCCUACCUCUUUUUUUACAAAUCCACGUCUCUGUCAUCAGAACACGUCUAAACACCAAAUCAAAGUGUUGGUUGUAAAUGAUGGUGAAAGUUUAUAAAAUGACAAGAAUACACCAGGACAUUAUCAAUGUUAACAAACAUGUUUUAUUCUUGGUAGGAAACAGUUCACAGUUAAUCUGUAUUAUGUACAGUGAUGGGAUAAAUGUUUUUGCCCAAACUUGGAUUUACAAAGUAAUGUUUUUUUUUGUUUGUUUUUGUUUUUAUCUGAUUUCGGAAGAAUUUGGACUUUUUUAAUCUAUACAACAUGACAAAUAAAAAUAUCAAAGCCAAGAAAGA